AGUGAGGGGGUUGACUGACAGUCUGCAGUGCAGUGGAGUUAGCUGGGCUCCCUAUAUGGCUAUGGAUUAGCUAUAUGCUAAUACAGAUAGGGAAAAGGAGCUGUGCUGAGCCCAGCGAGCUGCUACCAGUGUAGGCAAUCAGAGGCUGAGCAGAGCUGCUUCCUCCAGAGCCAUGGCUGAAGGGGGCGAAGCAGGGGAAGAUGAAAUACAGUUCCUACGAACUGAUGAUGAAGUAGUGCUUCAGUGCGUUGCCAACAUCCACAAAGAGCAGCGCAAGUUCUGCCUGGCAGCUGAGGGGCUCGGGAACCGCUUGUGCUUUUUGGAACCAACUUCAGAAGCAAAAUAUGUCCCUCCUGACCUUUGCAUCUGUAACUUUGUACUGGAGCAGUCUUUAUCUGUCAGGGCCCUCCAAGAGAUGCUUGCCAAUACAGGAGACAAUUCCAGCGAAGGGGCAGCUCAAGGAGGUGGUCACAGAACACUGCUGUAUGGCCAUGCUAUACUUCUUCGUCAUUCAUUUAGUGGAAUGUAUUUGACAUGUUUGACUACUUCGAGAUCUCAGACGGAUAAACUUGCAUUUGAUGUGGGGCUACAAGAGAAUGCAGCCGGUGAGGCAUGCUGGUGGACCAUACAUCCUGCUUCUAAACAAAGGUCUGAAGGAGAAAAGGUACGAAUUGGAGAUGAUCUUAUCCUGGUUAGUGUGUCCUCCGAAAGGUACCUGCAUCUUUCUGUAGCAUAUGGAAACAUACAGGUGGAUGCUUCCUUUAUGCAAACACUAUGGAAUGUGCAUCCCACUUGUUCAGGAAGUAGCAUUGAAGAAGGAUACUUACUCGGUGGGCAUGUAUUACGUUUGUUUCACGGCCAUGAUGAGUGUUUAACAAUUCCAUCUGCAGAACAGAAUGAUUCACCACACAAGCGGUUGUUUUUUGAAGCAGGGGGAGCUGGUGUCCGUGCAAGGUCACUGUGGAGAGUUGAACCGCUUCGGAUAAGCUGGAGUGGAAGUAACAUCCGCUGGGGCCAGCCUUUUCGCCUUCGACAUAUUACAACGGGGCAGUUUUUGGCCCUAACUGAAGAGCUGGGUCUUGUCUUGUUAGACAAAGAAAAAGCUGACACAAAAUCAACUUCCUUUUGCUUUAGAGCAUCAAAAGAAAAACUGGAUUCUGCUCACAAACGUGACAUAGAUGGCAUGGGAGUUCCUGAAAUAAAGUACGGUGAUUCUGUUUGUUUUGUGCAACAUGUAACCAGCACUUUGUGGCUCACUUACAAAGCACAGGAUGCUAAAACAACUCGUUUAGGACCACUAAAAAGAAAGGUUAUAUUACACCAAGAAGGACACAUGGAUGAUGGUCUCACAUUACAACGGUGUCAACAUGAAGAAUCCCAGGCUGCUCGAAUCAUUCGCAACACAACAAGAUUAUUUAGUCAGUUUAUAAGUGGAAACAACAGAACUUCAACUCCUAUCACUCUGCCUAUUGAAGAGGUAUUGCAGACUCUGCAAGACUUGAUAACAUAUUUUCUGCCUCCAGAAGAAGAGUUAGAACAUGAAGAUAAACAAAACAAGCUUCGUUCACUCAAGAACAGACAGAACCUAUUCAAGGAAGAGGGGAUGCUGGCACUGGUCUUGAACUGCAUUGAUCGUUUAAACGUCUACUAUAGCACUGCUCACUUUACAGGGAUUGGUAGAGAAGAAAAUGGUGCGGCAUGGAAAGAAAUUCUGAACCUUCUUUACAAAUUGCUAGCUGCUCUCAUUCGUGGUAACAGAAAUAAUUGUGCUCAGUUUUCAAAUAAUCUUGAUUGGCUAAUUAGUAAAUUAGAUAGACUAGAAUCUUCCUCAGGUAUUUUGGAGGUGUUGCACUGCAUCCUGAUUGAAAGCCCAGAGGCUUUAAAUUUGAUAGAAGAAGGCCAUAUCAAGUCUAUAAUCUCGCUGCUGGAUAAGCAUGGGCGCAACCAUAAGGUUCUCGAUGUGCUUUGUUCUCUUUGUCUUUGUAAUGGAGUAGCGGUGCGCGCUAAUCAGAACUUAAUCUGUGACAAUCUUCUUCCUCGAAGAGAUCUGCUCUUGCAAACACGGCUUGUGAAUGAUGUGACAAGUAUGCGGCCAAACAUAUUUCUUGGAAUUGCUGAUGGCUCAGCACAAUAUAAGAAAUGGUACUUUGAACUAAUAAUUGAUCAAGUAGAUCCAUUUUUGACGGCAAAACCUACACAUCUACGGGUUGGCUGGGCCUCAGCUUUAGGCUAUGCUCCUUAUCCUGGAGGUGGGGAAGGAUGGGGAGGCAACGGUGUUGGUGAUGACCUAUACUCAUAUGGCUUUGAUGGACUUCAUCUAUGGUCUGGUCGAGUGCCCAGAGCGGUGGCAUCUGUCAAUCAGCAUUUGCUAGCAUCUGAGGACGUGGUCAGCUGCUGCUUGGAUUUAGGAGCACCCAGCAUUUCUUUCCGCAUUAAUGGGCAGCCUGUGCAAGGAAUGUUUGAGAACUUCAAUACGGAUGGACUUUUUUUCCCUGUGGUGAGCUUCUCAGCUGGUGUCAAGGUACGUUUCUUGAUGGGUGGGCGCCAUGGAGAGUUCAAAUUUCUACCUCCUGCUGGCUAUGUGCCUUGCUAUGAAGCUUUGCUUCCAAAAGAGAAGAUGAAACUGGAACCAGUUAAAGAAUAUAAGAGAGAUUUGGAUGGAGUUAGAGAUUUGCUUGGUACCACACAAUUUCUCUCCCAAACUAAUUUCAUCCCUUGUCCAAUCGACACCAGCCAGAUUGCUUUGCCUUUCCAUCUUGAGAAGAUCAGAGACAAGCUUGCUGAAAAUAUCCAUGAACUCUGGGGAAUGAAUAAAAUAGAACUUGGCUGGACUUAUGGCAAGAUACGAGACGAUAAUAAAAGACAACACCCUUGUCUGGUGGAAUUUUCAAAACUACCUGAAACAGAGAAGAACUAUAACCUUCAAAUGUCAACAGAAACCCUGAAAACGCUUUUGGCCCUUGGGUGCCAUGUUGUUCACAUUAAUCCAGGAGCAGAGGAAGAUCUUCAGAAAAUCAAACUUCCAAAAAAUUACAUGAUGUCAAAUGGCUAUAAGCCAGCACCUCUAGAUCUUUCUGAAGUGAAAUUGCUGCCUUCGCAAGAAGUGUUGGUUGACAAACUUGCAGAGAAUGCACAUAACGUCUGGGCAAAAGACAGAAUAAAACAAGGUUGGACAUACGGCAUUCAGCAGGAUCUCAAAAACAAACGAAAUCCCCGACUGGUGCCUUAUACAUUAUUAGAUGAGCGUACUAAAAAAUCAAACAGAGAUAGCCUUCGUGAAGCUGUCCGCACCUUUGCUGGUUAUGGAUAUAACAUUGAACCACCAGAUCAAGAAAUAGCUGACCAAACAGUAGAAAAAGUGAGCAUUGACAAGAUACGUUUCUUCAGAGUAGAGCAGUCUUACGCAGUUAAGACUGGAAAGUGGUAUUUUGAAUUUGAAGCUGUAACAGGAGGAGAUAUGCGUGUUGGGUGGGCGAGGCCAGGCUGUCGGCCUGACAUAGAAUUGGGUGCUGAUGACCAAGCAUUUGUCUUUGAAGGCAGCAAGGGUCAACGUUGGCACCAGGGGAGUGGAUUCUUUGGACGAAAUUGGCAACCAGGAGACGUAGUGGGUUGUAUGAUAAAUCUAGAUGACAAAUCAAUGAUAUUUACUCUGAAUGGAGAGUUGCUUAUAACCAAUAAAGGUUCAGAACUUGCUUUUGCUGACUUUGAAAUAGAUAAUGGCUUUGUCCCCAUAUGCUCAUUGGGUCUGUCUCAGAUUGGACGGAUGAAUUUUGGAAGAGAUGCCAGCACCUUUAAGUAUUAUACAAUGUGUGGUCUACAGGAAGGCUUUGAACCUUUUGCUGUCAACAUGAACAGAGAUGUUGCUAUGUGGUUCAGCAAACGUUUACCAACAUUUGUCAAUGUACCAAAAGACCACCCUCAUAUUGAGGUAACAAGAAUUGAUGGGAACAUUGACAGUCCUCCUCGCUUAAAAGUUACCCAUAAGACAUUUGGAACACAGAAUAGUAAUGCAGACAUGAUAUAUUGUCGCUUGAGCAUGCCAAUUGAAUUCCACUCAUCUUUUAACUACAGUACUGGUUUGGAACUGAUUGAUAGUUUCCAAAAAAGAAAACAGAACCAGGAAAUACCUGUUCAUGCCACAACAUACUACUACUCAGUGCGGAUCUUUGCGGGCCAAGACCCAUCUGUUGUCUGGAUUGGCUGGGUAACACCUGAUUACCACUUUUACAGUGAACAUUUUGACUUAAAUAAGAACUGCACAGUAACAGUUACUUUGGGAGAUGAAAGAGGAAGAGUUCAUGAAAGUGUAAAACGUAGCAAUUGCUACCUGGUCUGGGGAGGAGAAACAUCUGUUAAUUCACAAAGAUCUGGUCGUGGUAACGUUGAUUUAGAAAUUGGAUGCCUUGUUGAAUUGGCUACUGGAAUGUUGUCAUUCACAGCCAAUGGGAAAGAACUGGGAACUUUCUACCAGGUUGAACCAAACACAAAAUUAUUUCCAGCAGCUUUUUUACAGCCUACGAGCACAAACCUUGUACAGUUUGAACUGGGUAAAUUAAAGAACACUAUGCCUUUAUCAGCAGCAAUCUUUAAAAGUGAAGAGAGAAACCCUAUUCCCCAGUGCCCUCCUCGGCUGGAUGUUCAAACUAUCACACCUGUUGUGUGGAGCAGAAUGCCAAACAGUUUCCUGAAAGUAGAAGCUGAGAAAGUCAGUGACCGCCAUGGGUGGGUGGUCCAGUGCCUGGAACCUUUGCAGAUGAUGGCUCUUCAUAUUCCUGAAGAAAGCAGGUGUAUUGAUAUUUUAGAGCUAUGUGAACAAGAGGACCUGAUGAGGUUCCACUACCACACUCUAAAACUGUAUAGUUCUGUUUGUGCAUUGGGUAAUAACAGAGUAGCUCAUAUACUUUGCAGCCAUGUGGAUGUUUCUCAGUUAUUUUAUACAAUAGAUAAUCGAUAUUUACCUGGACUCUUGCGUUCUGGAUUCUAUGACUUACUUAUCAGCAUUCAUUUAGAAUACUCCAAGGAAGCGAAACUCAUGAUGAACAAUGAAUUUAUAAUUCCAAUCACAGAUGAAACCAGAAAAAUCAAAUUAUUUCCAGAUGAAUCAAAGAGACAUGGUUUGCCUGGCGUUGGGCUCAGCACCUGCUUGAAACCAGGUUUCAAAUUCUCUACCCCUUGUUUUGUUUUGUCUCAUGAGGAUCAUCAGAAACCUAGUCCAGAGAUACCACUCGAGAUGCUUAAGUCAAGAGCUAUAAGCAUGCUAACAGAAGCAGUCUACUGCAGUGGAACACACAUACGAGACCCUGUUGGGGGGGAAGUUGAGUUCCAGUUUGUUCCCGUUCUGAAACUUAUAGGAACAUUGCUCAUAAUGGGAGUUUUUGAUGAUCAUGAUGUCAAACAGAUUUUACUCCUCAUUGAUCCAUGUGUGUUUGGUGAAACCAAAGAAGAAGUAAUGGAAAAAGCAGAGAAAGAGGAUGUUGCACAAAUAGAAGAAAAAGCUAUAGAGGCUGGAGAAAAGGCAAUCAGGGAGCCUAAAACCCCAAUAAAAGGCUUGCUGCAAACAAGAUUGCCUGAAUCUGUUAAACUCCAGAUGUGUGAGCUAUUAAAUUAUUUCUGCGACUGUGAGCUGAAACACAGAGUGGAAGCCAUUGUAUCAUUCGCAGAUACUUACGUCUCAAAGUUGCAGUACAAUCAGAAAUAUAGAUAUAAUGAACUCAUGCAAGCCUUGAAUAUGUCUGCUGCUUUAACAGCUAAGAAGACAAAGGAAUUUCGCUCUCCUCCUCAAGAGCAGAUUAAUAUGUUGCUAAACUUUCAACUGGGAGAGGAUUGUCCUUGCCCAGAGGAGAUUCAGGAAGAGUUAUAUGAGUUUCACGAUGAUCUCCUAAUCCAUUGUGGUAUCCCAUUAGAGGGAGAAGAGGAAGAAGAGGAAGAUCUGUCAUGGACUGGCAAGCUACGUUCAUUGGUAUAUAAAAUAAAAGGACCGCCAAAAACAGAAAAGAGAGAACCUACAGAGGAAGAAGAAAAAUAUCCCACAACUCUGAAGGAGUUAAUAUCUCAAACUAUGGUUCGCUGGGCUCAAGAAGAUCAGAUCCAAGACCCAGAAUUAGUUCGUAUUAUGUUUAACCUCCUUCGAAGGCAGUAUGACAGCAUUGGCGAGCUGCUUCAGGCUCUGAGGAAAUCCUACACUAUAAGUGCUACAUCUGUGCAAGACACAAUCAACUUAUUAGCAGCGCUGGGUCAAAUUCGUUCCCUUCUCAGCGUCAGAAUGGGAAAAGAAGAAGAAUUGCUUAUGAUUAAUGGCCUUGGAGAUAUAAUGAACAACAAAGUAUUUUAUCAGCAUCCUAACUUAAUGAGAGUCCUGGGUAUGCAUGAGACUGUUAUGGAAGUAAUGGUAAAUGUGCUUGGAGGAGACAAAUCUCAGAUCGCUUUUCCAAAAAUGGUAGCAAGUUGUUGUCGGUUCCUGUGCUAUUUUUGUCGAAUCAGUCGCCAGAACCAAAAGGCUAUGUUUGAGCAUCUAAGCUACUUACUUGAAAACAGCAGUGUUGGACUUGCUUCUCCUUCAAUGAGGGGUUCCACUCCACUUGAUGUAGCAGCUGCCUCAGUAAUGGACAAUAAUGAGCUUGCACUGGCGCUGGAGGAGCCAGACCUUGAGAAAGUUGUAACGUACUUGGCAGGCUGUGGUCUCCAGAGCUGCCCCAUGCUUUUAGCAACAGGAUAUCCUGACAUUGGUUGGAAUCCAAUAGAGGGUGAACGAUAUCUGUCAUUCUUAAGAUUUGCUGUUUUUGUUAAUGGUGAAAGUGUAGAGGAAAAUGCCAGUGUUGUUGUCAAGCUUCUAAUUCGGCGUCCCGAAUGUUUUGGGCCAGCUCUGAGAGGAGAAGGAGGAAAUGGUUUGUUGGCUGCUAUGCAAGGAGCAAUUAAGAUAUCUGAGAACCCAGCUCUUGAUCUUCCCUCUCAGGGAUAUAAGAGGGAACUUCUUGAAGAAGAUGAAGAGGAGGAGGAGGUUGUGCAUAUGGGCAAUGCAAUUAUGUCUUUCUACUCAGCUCUUAUAGAUUUGCUUGGGCGUUGUGCACCAGAAUUGCAUCUCAUCCAAACUGGAAAAGGUGAAGCUAUUAGAAUACGUUCCAUCCUGCGUUCCUUGGUGCCAACUGAAGAUUUGGUUGGGAUUAUAAGCAUACCUCUAAAAUUGCCAGCAGUAAAUAAAGAUGGAACUGUUACAGAACCAGACAUGUCUGCAAGUUUCUGCCCUGACCAUAAGGCACCCAUGGUACUUUUUCUAGAUCGUGUCUAUGGUAUAAAGGACCAAAGCUUCCUUCUCCACCUCCUGGAAGUUGGAUUUUUACCAGAUUUAAGAGCAAGUGCCUCAUUGGAUACAGUUUCUUUGAGUACUACAGAGACAGCUCUUGCUCUAAAUAGAUAUAUUUGUACAGCUGUGUUUCCAUUACUCACACGGUGCGCUUCUCUCUUUUCGGGGACUGAGCAUUAUGUCUCUCUGAUUGAUUCCACACUUCAUACCAUGUAUCGACUAUCCAAAGGACGCUCUCUUACCAAAGCACAGAGAGACACCAUUGAAGAAUGUUUACUUGCUAUCUGCCAUCAUUUACGGCCUUCUAUGCUACAGCAGCUAUUACGACGGCUGGUUUUUGAUGUACCCUUACUUAAUGAAUAUUGUAAAAUGUCACUUAAGCUGCUAACAAAUCACUAUGAACAAAGUUGGAAAUAUUAUUGCUUGCCUUCUGGAUGGGGAAAUUAUGGAAUUGCAGCUGAAGAAGAAUUACAUUUAUCUGAAAAACUUUUCUGGGGAAUAUUUGAUUCCCUCUCUCAUAAGAAGUAUGAUCCGGAGCUUUUCCGAAUGGCCUUGCCUUGUUUAAGUGCAAUAGCUGGGGCUUUGCCACCAGAUUAUUUAGACACCCGAAUUACCUCAGUUUUAGAAAAACAGACUUCAGUGGAUGCUGACGGGAACUUUGAUCCCAAACCUAUCAACACAGUGAAUUUUACACUUCCUGAAAAGUUGGAGUAUAUUGUCAACAAGUACGCUGAACAUACACAUGACAAAUGGGCCUGUGACAAGAAUAAUAGUGGGUGGAAGUAUGCAUCUUCACUCGAUGAAAAUGUGAAGACACAUCCUUUAAUGAGGCCUUUUAAAACACUGACUGAAAAGGAAAAGGAAAUCUAUCGAUGGCCUGCCAGAGAAUCUCUUAAAACCAUGUUAGCAAUGGGAUGGAGCCUAGAAAGGAUAAAAGAAGGCAAUUCAAUGGUACAACAACGUGAAAGCGAAAAGCUCCGUAGCAUAUCACAGUCCAGCCAAGGAAAUGGAUACAACCCAGCACCACUUGAUCUUUCAAAUGUUGUACUCUCCAGAGAAAUCCAGGGAAUGGUUGAAGUGGUAGCAGAAAACUAUCAUAACAUUUGGGCUAAAAAGAAGAAAACUGAAUUGGAAAGUAAAGGUGGAGGUAGUCAUCCUUUAUUAGUACCUUAUGACACUUUGACAGCCAAAGAAAAGUCUCGGGAUAGGGAGAAAGCACAAGAACUGUUUAAAUUUCUUCUAGUGAAUGGCAUUGUCAUAUCCAGAGGCUUAAGUGGCAUGGAGAUGGAUGCUUCAUCCAUGGAAAAGAGGUUUGCCUAUAAAUUUCUGAAGAAGAUUCUCAAAUACGUUGACUCUGCUCAAGAAUUCAUUGCACAUUUAGAAGCUAUUGUCACCAGUGGAAAAACUGAGAAAUCACCACAUGACCAAGAAAUUAAGUUCUUUGCCAAAGUUCUGCUUCCACUAGUUGACCAGUAUUUUACCAACCAUUGCCUGUAUUUCCUCUCCUCCCCAACUAAGCCACUCAGCAGUAGUGGAUAUGCUUCAAAUAAAGAAAAAGAAAUGGUAGCAAGCCUUUUCUGCAAACUUGCUGCUCUUGUUAGACAUAGGAUUUCACUUUUUGGUAGUGAUGCUGCUACAAUGGUUAGCUGCCUACACAUCUUAGCUCAGACACUAGACACAAGAACCGUCAUGAAAUCAGGGUCAGAGCUGGUUAAAGCAGGACUGCGUGCCUUCUUUGAAAAUGCAGCUGAAGAUCUGGAGAAGACAUCAGAAAAUCUUAAACUUGGAAAAUUUACCCAUUCCCGUACACAAAUUAAAGGGGUCUCACAGAAUAUCAACUAUACAACAGUGGCAUUGUUGCCUGUUCUAACAUCAAUUUUUGAACAUGUUGCUCAGCAUCAUUUUGGCACCGAUUUGCUAUUAGGUGAUGUCCAAGUAUCAUGCUACAGAAUUCUUUGUAGCCUGUACUCUCUUGGAACUGGAAAGAACAUUUAUGUUGAAAGACAACGUCCGGCUCUUGGUGAGUGCUUAGCGUCUCUUGCAGCUGCCAUUCCAGUAGCCUUUCUUGAACCUUCUCUCAAUCUUUACAAUCCCCUGUCUGUCUUCAACACAAAAACUGCAAGAGAGAGAGCUAUUUUAGGUAUGCCUGAAACCGUAGAAGAAAUGUGUCCAGAAAUCCCUCACUUGGAUGGCUUAAUGAAAGAAAUAAACAGCUUGGCAGAAUCUGGAGCCAGAUAUACUGAAAUGCCACACGUGAUUGAGGUGAUCUUGCCCAUGUUAUGCAACUAUCUAUCAUACUGGUGGGAAAGGGGGCCUGAAAAUGCUGAAAGUACUGGCCCCUGCUGCACAAUGGUAACUUCUGAGCAUCUCAGCAUAAUACUGGGGAACAUUUUGAAGAUCAUCAACAAUAACCUGGGGAUAGAUGAGGCAACUUGGAUGAAGCGAAUAGCAGUGUAUGCUCAGCCAAUCAUUAGCAAGGCCAGGCCGGAUCUGUUGAAAAGUCAUUUUAUCCCAACACUGGAGAAACUAAAGAAGAAAGCCAUAAAGAUAGUGAUGGAGGAGGAACAACUGAAAGCAGACAGUAAAACGGAUACCCAAGAAGCAGAACUCCUCAUUCUAGAUGAAUUUGCAGUUCUUUGCCGCGACCUUUAUGCUUUUUAUCCUAUGUUGAUCCGCUAUGUGGACAACAACAGAUCAAACUGGCUUAAGAAACCAGAUGCAGAUUCUGAUGAACUUUUCCGAAUGGUAGCUGAAGUCUUCAUUCUCUGGUGUAAAUCACAUAAUUUCAAGCGAGAAGAACAAAAUUUUGUUAUUCAGAAUGAAAUCAACAACUUGGCAUUUUUGACAGGAGACAGCAAGAGUAAGAUGUCAAAAUCUGGAGGUCAUGAUCAAGAACGAAAGAAAUCAAAACGUAGAGGGGAUUUAUAUUCAAUACAGACUUCUCUAAUUGUAGCUGCACUUAAAAAAAUGCUUCCCAUUGGACUGAAUAUGUGUACGCCUGGAGAUCAAGAACUGAUAUCUCUUGCUAAGUUCAGAUACAGCUGUAAAGACACAGAAGAAGAGGUGAAGGAGCAUUUACGCAAUAAUUUGCAUUUGCAGGAGAAGUCAGAUGACCCAGCUGUGAAAUGGCAGUUGAAUUUGUACAAGGAUGUCUUGAAAGCUGAUGAACCUGUUGAUCCUGAGAAAAUAGUGCAGCGUGUGCAAAGGAUCUCAGCAGCUGUGUAUCAUCUGGAGCAGGUUGAGCAACCAUUAAGAUCAAAGAAAGCAGUUUGGCACAAACUCUUGUCAAAACAACGUAAAAGAGCUGUUGUGGCUUGUUUCAGGAUGGCACCGUUGUAUAAUCUGCCAAGGCACCGCUCUAUUAACCUGUUCCUCCAUGGUUAUCAGAAAUAUUGGAUAGAAACAGAGGAAUAUUCCUUUGAGGAGAAACUAGUUCAGGAUUUGGCUACUCCCCCGCAAAAAAGUGAGGAGGAGGAGGAAGAAACUGAAAAGCAUCCUGAUCCUCUUCAUCAGAUCAUUCUUCAUUUCAGCCGGAAUGCUCUAACCGAACGAAGCAAAUUGGAAAAUGACCCUUUGUACACUGCAUAUUCAGCAAUGAUGGCAAUGAGCUGUCAGAGUGGAGAAAGUGAUGAUGAUGAAGAAGAAAAAGAGAAGACAUUUGAGGAAAAAGAAAUGGAAAAGCAAAAAACUCUUUAUCAGCAAUCUCGGCUCCAUGAACGAGGAGCAGCAGAGAUGGUAUUACAGAUGAUUAGUGCCAGUAAAGGUGAAAUGGGACACAUGGUAGUUGAAACUUUGAAACUUGGUAUUGCUGUUCUAAAUGGAGGAAACUCAGUUGUUCAACAGAAAAUGUUGGACUAUUUGAAGGAGAAAAAAGAUGCUGGAUUUUUUCAGAGUCUUUCUGGCUUAAUGCAAUCUUGCAGUGUUCUUGACUUGAAUGCCUUUGAGAGACAAAAUAAAGCAGAAGGCCUUGGAAUGGUUACUGAAGAAGGAACACUCAUCGUACGUGAGCGUGGUGAGAAAGUACUACAGAAUGAUGAGUUUACUAAAGAUCUGUUUAGAUUUUUACAACUGCUGUGUGAAGGUCAUAACAAUGAUUUUCAGAACUACCUGCGCACUCAGAUGGGCAAUACCACCACAGUUAAUAUUAUUAUUAGCACAGUUGAUUAUCUUUUGCGUCUUCAGGAAUCAAUCAGUGACUUCUACUGGUACUACUCUGGAAAAGAUGUCAUUGAUGAAUCUGGACAACGUAAUUUCUCUAAGGCAUUGGCUGUGACUAAACAGAUUUUUAAUUCACUUACUGAAUAUAUCCAAGGUCCUUGCAUUGGAAACCAGCAGAGCUUGGCUCACAGUAGACUGUGGGAUGCGGUUGUUGGCUUCCUUCAUGUUUUUGCUAACAUGCAAAUGAAACUUUCACAGGAUUCGAGUCAGAUUGAGUUGCUGAAGGAGCUACUAGAUCUUCUGAAGGAUAUGGUGGUGAUGCUCUUGUCACUACUUGAAGGUAAUGUUGUAAAUGGCACUAUCGGGAAACAGAUGGUGGACACUCUGGUUGAAUCAUCUAGCAAUGUAGAAAUGAUAUUGAAGUUCUUUGACAUGUUUCUCAAGUUGAAGGAUCUAACAAGCUCAGAAGCUUUCAAAGAGUAUGACCCAGAAAGUAAAGGCAUAAUUUCCAAGAAGGAAUUCCAGAAAGCCAUGGAAGGUCAAAAGCAAUAUACCCAAUCGGAGAUUGAGUUCCUGCUGUCCUGUGCAGAAACAGAUGAAAACGACAUGUUUAACUAUGCUGAUUUUGUUGAAAGAUUUCACGAGCCAGCCAAAGAUAUUGGAUUUAAUGUGGCCGUCCUCUUAACAAACCUAUCAGAACACAUGCCAAAUGAUUCGCGGCUUCAGACUCUAUUAGAUCCAGCAGAAUGUGUCCUUAACUAUUUUGAACCUUACCUUGGGCGCAUUGAGAUAAUGGGUGGUGCCAAGAAGAUAGAGCGGGUUUAUUUUGAGAUCAGUGAAUCCAGUAGGACGCAGUGGGAAAAGCCUCAAGUGAAAGAAUCAAAAAGGCAGUUUAUUUUUGAUGUUGUAAAUGAAGGUGGGGAACAAGAGAAGAUGGAGCUUUUUGUAAACUUUUGCGAGGACACGAUUUUUGAAAUGCAGUUGGCAUCUCAGAUAUCUGAAUCGGAUAUAGUUGACAGACCUGAGGAGGAGGAAGAUGAGCCUUGCUAUGUGAGGGAAAUUGGAGAAGAUGAGAAAGGAGAGCAGUCCCUUGAAUCAGCUUCAGCUUUUGCUAUGGCAUGCGUUGCAAUAAAGAAAAAUGCUGCCACUGUUUUUAAAAUGAUAAGACUGAAAAACUUAAGAAAACAGUACAGAAAAGUGAGAAAGAUGACUGUAAAAGAAUUGGUUAAAGUAUCCUUUUCCUUUCUCUGGAUGCUAUUUGUAGGAUUCUUCCAAAUGUUUCUGACUAUACUGUGCAGUAUUUUUCAGAUUCUUUGGAGUACUGUGUUUGGGGGUGGCCUAAUAGAAGGAGCCAAAAACAUUAGAGUUACUAAAAUUUUAGGAGACAUGCCUGACCCAACACAGUUUGGAAUUCACGAUGAUGUCCUUGAAGCAGAAAAAGUUGAAGUUACAGAACAUGGCAUUACAGCUGAAAUUGUGCAGUUUGUUAAAAAUGAGAAGGGAGAAACUGACAUCUUGUCAGAUAUUUUUGGCAUUCAUACGAAGAAAGAGAGCGGAUCAAAGCAUGGUCAUGCUGUUGGCCUAGGGGAUAUCGCUGAUAUCAUUGGAUCAGAUACCCCUCCUUCUUUGGAAAGUGCAGUUCGCAAGAAGAAAAAAGCACAGACACCUGAAAUUGCAAAGGAUGAUGAAUCGGAAACAAGAACAGAAUCUGAGAAGGCUGACAUGGAGGAUGGUGAGAAACAAGAUAAAAUCAAGGAUGAUAUGUAUUCUGAACAUAUGGAACUAGAAGAACCUAGAAAACGGAAACGAAAGCGUGGGCAAAAAAUUGAGAAACCUGAUGCAGUUAUGGCCAACUUUUUUAAAGUAUUGGAAGUUUAUCAGACAAAAAUGCUGCACUUUUUGGCCCGAAAUUUCUACAAUUUAAGAUUUCUUGCACUUUUUGUUGCAUUCGCCAUCAACUUUAUCCUGCUUUUCUACAAGGUAACAGAAGAGCCAUUUGAAGAAAUGGAAGAAGAUUCAGAUCUGUGGCAUUCUUUAGAGGAGGAGGAAGAUGAAGAUGGAGUAGUCUUCUUUGUUUUACAAGAGAGUACAGGCUACAUGGCACCAACACUUAGGGCCCUAGCUGUUAUCCAUACAAUCAUCUCUUUUGUAUGUGUUAUUGGAUACUAUUGUUUAAAGGUUCCUCUGGUUGUAUUCAAACGGGAGAAGGACAUUGCAAGGAAGCUGGAAUUUGAUGGUCUGUAUAUUACCGAACAACCCUCCGAAGAUGACAUUAAAGGACAGUGGGAUCGCCUCGUCAUAAAUACGCCAUAUUUUCCUAACAAUUAUUGGGACAAGUUUGUAAAACGAAAGGUAAUCAACAAGUAUGGUGAUUUAUAUGGAGCAGAACGCAUUGCAGAACUCCUGGGUCUGGACAAAAAUGCUCUGGAUUUCAGCCCAGUGGAACAUACUGAACUAGAGGAGGCAUCCCUUGUUUUGUGGUUAAGUUCUAUUGAUGCCAAAUACCAUAUCUGGAAGCUUGGUGUUGUUUUCACUGAUAAUUCUUUCUUGUACUUAGCUUGGUACACAACCAUGUCAAUUCUUGGUCAUUACAACAACUUCUUCUUUGCUGCCCACUUGCUUGAUAUUGCUAUGGGUUUUAAGACUCUGCGUACCAUCCUGUCUUCUGUAACCCACAAUGGCAAACAGCUUGUUUUGACUGUUGGACUCUUGGCUGUAGUGGUAUACCUUUACACGGUUGUGGCAUUCAACUUCUUCCGCAAAUUUUAUAACAAGAGCGAAGAUGAAGAUGAGCCAGACAUGAAGUGUGAUGACAUGAUGACGUGUUACCUCUUCCACAUGUAUGUGGGUGUAAGAGCAGGUGGAGGCAUUGGAGAUGAAAUUGAAGACCCUGCAGGAGACCCUUAUGAGAUGUAUCGAAUUGUUUUUGAUAUCACGUUUUUCUUCUUUGUCAUUGUCAUCCUACUGGCCAUCAUUCAAGGUCUGAUUAUUGAUGCCUUUGGUGAAUUAAGAGACCAGCAAGAGCAGGUGAAAGAAGAUAUGGAGACCAAAUGUUUUAUUUGUGGAAUUGGUAAUGACUAUUUUGACACAACCCCCCAUGGAUUUGAAAUGCAUACUUUACAAGAGCACAACUUGGCCAACUACCUGUUCUUCCUGAUGUAUCUCAUUAAUAAGGAUGAAACUGAGCACACUGGACAGGAGUCCUAUGUAUGGAAAAUGUACCAAGAAAGAUGCUGGGAUUUUUUCCCAGCUGGAGACUGCUUCCGUAAACAGUAUGAAGAUCAACUUGGAUAAAAUAUCAACCAAGAAACAACUUGCACUCAAACUUACAAGAUUUAGACAAAAAUCAAAGUCUUACCAUUUCAUGGUGUAAUAUAAGUAUUAUGUAUGUUUAAUCUUUCGAUACAACAAAACUAGUUUAAUUUUACAAAGAUCCAGCUGGGCUUUUUGCACCUGGCAGAACCAGGCCUUAUAUUGUCUGGAUUUCAGCUUUCUUACUGGAGAAGUACAAAGAAAUAUAAUUAAACUUUCAAAUUACAGUAUUCUAGUUCACAAGUUAUUAUUUGUUAUUAACCCAACUCCUUAGGUAAUAAAAAUAGUUUAGUUGAAAGGGCUACAGCAUUGUUUGUUACAUGCACAACAUCUGCAACCUAAGAACUUGAAUGUCAGAUGACAAGGCCUCAAUUACUGGCUCAUAUUAGGAUCCUAACAAUAUUUCAAGCAGCUUUAUUUCCGACUCCCCCAUGCCACUAAGAUCCAGAAAGAAAGUUUUGAAUCCUUCAGUGCUUAAAACUUUCAAAUAUUUUACUGUCUAUAAAAUCCUAAUUAAAGUGCCUUAAAUAUUUGCAGACAUAGCUAUGCAAAAGUUUUUUUUUUAGGUGGCAUUUUAGAUGGACAUUUUUGUUAACUGGUUGUGUUGCUUCCCUGUCUUACUGUAUGAAAUACUUGAAGGUGAGUCAUAUAUUUGUUCCAAUAACAGCGUAUUAGAUGCAGAUGGUAAAAAAUAUACUGUCUCACGAUCUUACACAAUUAAAUUUUAGGUCAAAUAAAAAUGCUUUAUGGUCAACUAAGUAGUUAAGUUGCUAUGUUUUUGCAUAUUUCCUUUGAAUAAAACGUGCCCACUGCAAUAAAGAAUUUACAAAACCAA